CAGGACGAUCAAAUCUAAAGGCAAUCUUAGGGCACCUCGGUGUUCCCUGGUAUGUAAUGUUCCUAGUCGGCCACUAACGAGAGCCAAGUAUUAUAAAUGACAGUGAAUCCUCUUGCUACCAGGUCCUUAUUAAGUCCUCAUCAAGUCCUCAAUUCAAGGAUCUACCAUUCUAUCUUCAAACUGUACAUCGCCCUCGGAACUUGUCAAAGAUGCUUUCCCACAUCACAGUCUUCCUCGCUCUCGGAGCAAUUGCUCAAGCAGCUCCAACUCCAGCUCCAGCAGCUGCCUCUUCUGGUUCAGCCUCCCACAGUGUAACAGCAAUUCACAAUCCGAAUUAUGUUCGCAAUGGUACUGCAUCUUUGCUCAAGGCCUAUGCCAAGUACCACAUUCAGCCUACCCAACCAAUGUCUGAUGCGUUCAUGUCGGCACUCCAAAAGAGACAGGAUUCUUCUGUUCUAGCUUUCCCAGUCGAUCGUGUUGAGUAUCUCGUUCCUACUACCGUUGGAGGUCAAACUCUUAACCUUGAUUUGGACACUGGUUCGGCAGAUUUAUGGGUUUUCUCCUCUCUCCUAGCUGCCUCCUCUCGCAGAGGUCAUGACAUCUACACCUCAAGUAAGAGUUCCACAUUCAAGGCUCUCUCAGGUUAUACCUGGAGCAUCCAGUAUGCCGAUGGAUCUGGAGCCAGUGGCACUGUAGGCACAGAUACCGUUAAGAUUGGUGAGACUACAGUCACUGGCCAAGCAGUUGAACUUGCCGACAGAGUCUCUUCUACAUUUGUCACUGAUGAAUCUGAUGGACUCAUUGGUAUGGCUUUCAGCAGCAUUAACACUGUUAAACCAAAAGCUCAAUCCACCUUCUUUGACAAUGCCGAGAGCUCUCUCAGUUCCCCACUCUUCGCCGCCUACCUCCCAUUCAAUGCGGAUGGAGCAUACGACUUCGGAUACACCGAUUCUUCCAAAUACACCGGAAGUAUCACGCGUACCCCUGUCGACUCCAGAAACGGUUUCUGGGAAUUCCCCUCUACAUCUUACAAAGUCGGCUCUACCGCCCACAGCUUACCAGGAUUCACUGGUAUUGCCGAUACAGGAACCACACUUGUCCUCAUGAGCGACGCCGUCAAUACUGCAUACUAUGCUCAAGUGUCUGGUGCCAAGUACUCCAGCACUGAUGGAGGAUACGUAUUCCCUUGCAAUGCUACUCUCCCUACCUUGUCGUUCAAAAUCGGCCCAACUGACUAUGCGACGAUCCCGAGUUCUUUGAUGAAUUUUGCAGCUACGGAUGGAAACACUUGUUACGGCUCGCUUCAAAGUGUAGGUGGCGGUAGUCAGAGCAUCUAUGGAGAUGUUUUCUUCAAUGCUUACUAUGGUGUUUUUGACAAGAGUGGACCUUCAUUUGGUUUCGCUACUAGUGCUUCUGCUUAAGAAGUCAUGCAUGAUAUGAUGGAAUUGAUCUGGGGGGUUCGGGUAUGAAAUUAUGGGAACGAAUGGCUUCAUGGGGCGGAGAUUUGAUUUGUACUUCUGCGGGCGGGGGUUCUGCAAACCUGGCUCUUAAUGUCAUAUAUGGUUGCUUCUCUUUAUUAUGAUCUACACAUUUACCAAUGU